AUGCCUGGCAGACAUAUACUUGAUGCUCUUGCUUUACUGAGUGUCUCGCGAAAUGUUGCGGCGAAACAUUUGGAUAUUCGACUUGCUCAAGCUCGAGUCUAUGGUCAAUCUUCCUCCGUCGUCAAGGCCAUACGGACUCAGGGCCUACCCAUCUUAGCUACAUCUGUCUCACGCUUCGCUUCCUCUUCCCAGCCACUUUCAAAAUCACCGAAAGAAGGUAUCGAACAGGACCACUUCUACGUCAGAUCAGCCGAGGGAUCCCAAUCUCAAGCCUCUCCGCCUAAAGGUCUGACCAUUGAACAAGUCGAAGCGAGGAGGACGCCUCUGCCAGAUGGGACAAUACCGUCAAAUAACAGCCCAAUUGGAGGAGAGGAAGGAGACGGCAUCACUUUCAAUCAGGUUCCCACGGGAGAGACACCCCAGCAUCCAUUACAGACUGAAGCUGCUCAAGAUCUCAAGCUGAACUCAUCUACAAAGCCAAAUCUCCCAGACACUGGAUCAUUCGAGGCUCUGUCUCCAGAUGCGGCCAGAAAAGCGCAGAGACAAUUCGAGGACCAGAUCCCUGCGAAAUCGGCCGAACCCCCGCCACGAGAAGCCACUGCUCAGGAAUUUGGAGUGGAACAAGAGCAGGAUAUCUUCUACCAGCCACCAGACAGCGUCAAGCCUGUGCUGUCCGCAUUACCACGUGUCCGUGUUCCUAAAACCGAAAACGACGUUCAAGAGGGGGAUUCGCAUAUUGAACCUGGUCUUAAUGCGGAUGUCUUCUACUCUGGCUCCAAACGUCAGGCAGAAGCGGAGGAUGACCCUUCGGAAGAACAGCUAGCUCGACUAUUUCGCAAUCCAAGGAAUGCAAGGACUUACGGGCAGAAGGCGAGAUACGCCCCUGGCGGAGUGACGGCGAGACGCUUCCAUACCAUGAGCGCCAUGCGACAGAAAACAUCUGGUACAGAUGCAGAAGGCAUCAAGCAACUCGGGGCUGAGCUAGCCAAGGACGUCCAAAAGAUCAAUACGCAACAACCUCAGACUGCACAGCCGUACCAGAUGCGUGAAUCGAAAGUGCCGUCAUCAAGAGUGGGCCGGAUCUUCGAAUUUGGAGGACUCGCAGCGUCUAUGGCUUUUGGAGCUGUCAGUGAGAGUAUCAGUCGAUCAGGAGGAUCCGAUGGCUCGUUAAUGCUGAGUGCCGCAAACAUGGAACGUCUUGUUGCCAAAUUGUCCAAAAUGCGAGGCGCCGCCCUCAAGUUAGGUCAAAUGAUGAGCUUCCAAGAUUCCAAACUGCUUCCCAAGUCCAUUCAUGAUGUGCUUCAACGCGUCCAGGAUAGUGCGGACUACAUGCCUGCUUCGCAGAGAGAUGCAGUCAUUGCUGCGGAUUUGGGCCCCGAUUGGCGUGAGAAGUUGUUCCAGCAAUUUGACGAGAAGCCCAUGGCUGCCGCCUCUAUUGGCCAGGUUCACGGCGCCGUGUUAAAGGACGGAAGGAGAGUCGCUGUCAAGGUGCAAUAUCCCGGCGUGGCAGAGUCCAUCUCUUCCGAUCUCAACAACCUGUCUUUGCUGCUUACCGCCUCUCGCCUGUUGCCCAAAGGCUUGUACCUGGAGAAGACCAUUGCCAAUGCUCGUACCGAGUUGGCGUGGGAAUGCGACUACAUCCGCGAGGCUGAUUGUGCAAAAAGAUUUCGGAAACUCCUCGCAGACGAGCAGAGUGUCUUCAAAGUCCCGGAGAUCAUUGACGAAGCGUCAGGCAAACGGGUCCUGACCAUGGAGAGGAUGGAAGGCGUUCCAGUCACCAAAGUUCAAAAUUUCACACAGGAGCAAAAGGACUGGAUUGGGUCACAGAUUCUACGACUCUGUCUGCGUGAGAUCACCGAGUUCAAAUACAUGCAGACAGAUCCCAACUGGACCAACUUCCUCUACAAUUCGAAAACGAACAAGCUGGAGUUACUCGAUUUUGGUGCAUCGAGAGAAUUUCCCGACAAAUUCAUUCAACUCUACAUCAAGACCCUCAUCGCGGCCUCGAGAAAGGAUAGAGACGCUUGCAGAGAUUUUUCCAUUCAGCUGGGCUAUCUCACCGGUUACGAAUCGAAGGCUAUGCUCAACGCCCAUAUCGAAUCAGUCAUGACACUGGCCGAACCUUUCAUGGAUUUCAGCCCGGACAUCUAUGACUUCAAGGACCAAACCAUCACUGACCGCGUUCGAACCCUCAUCCCCGUCAUGCUGAGGGAAAGAUUGGCACCUCCACCAGAAGAGACCUACAGUCUGCACCGGAAGUUGAGCGGAGCCUUUCUGCUAUGUGCUCGACUGGGCAGUCGGGUCCGAUGCAAGGAAUUGUUCGAGCAAGCGCUCAACAAAGCGGGCAUGCAAUAA